AUGUUCUUCAAGCCACUUGAUCUGACGACAGCACUUCGUCCAUCUUUGCUCCCCGACGAAUCCCUGCUGUUUGUCCAGGAUGCAGUGGGCUUGUAUGAAGGGAAAUUCAAAAUCCCAUCUUAUCAACAUGGCCAUGCCUACCUGACAUCCCAUCGCGUUUGCUACGUUGCGACCGACGAGCCGCGCAAGUACUCGGUUUCCAUCGACCUUAGAGACGUUGACCGUGCAGAACACCAAGCCGGUUUUCUAAAGUCAUCAGCAAAAAUUACAUUAUUCCCCAAGCCGCAAAAGCGCAGUCUCAUCCAGCAACAGAGCACCCCACCGUCAGCUUCCAGCGGACAGGCAUUAGCUUCGAGAGGGGCAUCACCGAAUCCUCCCAAAUCGAUAAAUGCUACUUGGGUGUGUCCGAUAUGUUCUUUUUCCAACCCGGUUCCAUCCAACUUUGAGGCUUCCGCGUCGCCACCGAUCCCACCUUGUCUCGCAUGCGGGAUAAAACCGCCAUUGGCUACAAUCUUAAAGGCCACAAUAGCUGCUGCCACGAGCAGAGAUUCGCCAGGGCCGACAUCUACCACAGAUGCGGAACCUUCUCAGGGAGAACAAGCCGAACUUGGCACGGCUGAAUCACAUAAUCUUACCCCGCGGGCACGAGCCAUUCCGUCGCCAUGUCCAAGGUGUACCUUUCUCAACCACCCAUCCCUACGAGAGUGUGAAAUUUGCGGUGCUUCACUUUCACCCGCAGGCUCCAACAAUGAAGCCACCACAGCUGGGCACCGCACCGAGUCACCUGCCCCUUUUAUCGACCAGGCAAGCAUAACAAAUAAGGACAUAAGCGAAAGCAUCAAGCUUUCGUUCAGAGAAGGUGGAGAUAAGACAUUCUACGAGCGCCUCAAGAGCUGUUUGGUUCAGCGGAAAUGGCUUUUACAGAAUGCUCCUCCCAUACCCCAGCUAUCUCAGUCGCCACAUCGAGGGGAUGCGUAUGAUCCAUCCCCAAAUCGCUCUGGACAGUCGACGCCUCGUCCGUCAGCGGUUGGAAUCGCCGGUCUAGAGCAGCGAGGUCUUGAGUCUCGCAAAAACACCGAGCUAGUAAUUGGCAACGCCUUUGAAGACUUGGAGGCCUUGAUGGCGUCUGCCAAACAAAUUGUCUCCCUUGCGGAGACGCUAGCGUCGGAAUCUGGCAUUUCCGGCAAUGGUGGUUCUGCCGAAGCGAGCGCAGUUCUUUCAGAGUCGGCUGCCGCUUUAAAUAUGGUCACGACAAAGGACAUGCUCGGUUCUGGGGCCGAGAAUCUCUACCUUUCUGAACUCUCACGCAAUUUAGCAGAGUAUUUGACAGAUGACCGCACAGGAGUUUUACGCAAAGAAGGCGGUAUCAUGAGUCUCAUAGACCUGUGGGCUUUGUUCAACCGCACUCGCAACGGCGUCGAGCUUGUAAGCCCGGCAGACUUUGAACAGGCCGCACAGCUGUGGGAGAAACUCAAGCUACCCGUUCGCUUACGCCGUUUUAAAAGCGGACUGCUCGUCGUCCAGCCGUCCAACUGGAGUGACGAGAAGAUCAUCCAACAGCUUGACGAGUGGCUGCAAGAGCUCCGCCAGCAACCGCCUUUUGAAAGCGCAAAUUGGAACUGGGAUAUGUAUGGUCGCGGAAUCACUGCCCAAGAGACUGCGCAGCAUUUUGGAUGGAGCGUGGGAGUCGCUGCUGAGGAGCUGGAAAUGGCCGAGGACAGAGGAAUCUUGUGCCGCGAGGAAAGCAUCGAAGGGAUACGAUUUUGGAGGAACCACUUUCUUUUUGGGGAUAGUCAUAUAGAACUUGAGCAGCAAAUGCUGCAGCUAGGGCUGUAG